CUUGUGCCCUCCUCCCCAGCAUCAUUCACCGGCUCUCAGCUUUCCGCAUAGCCGAGCAGCAGUGCUCCUCCGCGGGGGAACAUGGCUUCAGUUUUCUCCGAUAACCAGCGGAGCGGAGAGUGUCGGUGAAUCCCGGAGGGUUUCGGGUUUCCUCGGAGUGUUCUCCUCUCUGAUGAUGAUCAAACAGCCUGCAGCAGCUCCAGCUCGCACUACUACUACAGCUCACACUGCACUACGUGAUGCCGAUCACAGUCCAAGAGUUGACAUCCUGCUUGCCAAGAGGUGAUGGUCUCCUCCUCUUCUCUCUGCUCACCUGCUCAUCUGUCGUGCCUCCAAAUGUCAUUAUGGUCACAUUUCACUCAUUAGUAACUCAGUGCAUGAAACUGCGCCUUCACCUGGACUAUUAAGUGUAAUUUUUCCUCAUUUAGAACAGGGGCUACAAGGCUUGUCUGUUUGUACUCAACACUGGAGUUCAGCUGCUGUUUCGACAAUGAUCUGACGGCGAUAAAGUGAGAAAGAAACGCUAAAAGAAGUCUUCUGGCCUCUUCAUCUAAUCGGCUGAGUGAGCUGCACAUGAUGGCCAACAACAACGAGCUACAGAGCGACCCAGGCGGGCUGUCGGUGCUUCAGCAGCUCGGUCUGGACCAAAACACCGACUUCUCAGACUCCAGCGUGCAGCAGCGCCUGGACGAGCACCGCGAGAGGAUCCGCAGGGAGAUCCGUAAAGAGUUAAAGAUCAAGGAGGGAGCGGAGAACCUUCGCAGGGCCACCACAGACAAGAGGAAUGCCCAGCAGGUUGACUCACAGCUCCGCAGCUCCAAACGAAAGCUGGAGUCUCUCCACACUCAGCUGCAGGAGCUGGACGCACACAUCGUGGUCAAGGGUCCAGAUGACAACAAAGAUACCCCGAAAUCUCCUGGAUCACUUAAUCGGACUUCAGCAAACCAACACCGCAUCGCAGCUUUGGAGCGGCAGCUAAACAUCGAGCUGAAAGUGAAACAGGGAGCUGAGAACAUGAUUCCAAUCUAUGCCAACGGAGGAACCAAGGACAAGAAGCUGCUCCAGACGGCGCAGCAGAUGCUGCAGGACAGCAAGACGAAGAUCGACAUCAUCCGCAUGCAGAUCAGAAAGGCCAUGCAGGCCACGGAGCAAUCUGAGGACAACCAAAGUAAGCCAGACAUGUGCGGGGUAGAGCUGCGUGUGGAGGAGCUGUGGCAUCAUUACCGUGUGGAGCACGCCAUGGCCGAGGGUGCCAAGAACAUGCUGAGACUGCUGGGCGCAGGAAAAGUUCAAGACAAGAAAGCUAUUGCAGAGGCUCAAUGCGGUCUGAGCGAGUCGUCCCAGCGUCUCGACCUUCUCCGAUGUUCUCUGGAGCAGAGGCUGGUGGAGCUCCCCGAGGAUCAUCCCAAAGCCUGCCUCAUCAAAGAGGAGCUGGUGCUGGCCUCCUCCUCAGCCUUCAGCUCCCGCCACAGCACCCCCUACGUCCACAACCAGUACAGCACCCUGAGCAAACCAUCCCCUCUCACAGGUACUCUCCAGGUGCGUCUCUUGGGCUGUUUGGGGCUCCUGGAGGUGGUUCCAGGUCGGAGCAGAGGGACUCCGGUGGUUCUUCCUUCCUUCACUCCUACAGAUGGACGCUCAUCCUUCAAACUGAGCGGCCUCUACAGCCGCAGCACCAGCAGCAUGAGUCUGAAGAUCCCCGGGAAGAACGAGGAGCUCUCCACGGAGGUGAGCACAGUGCUGAAGCUGGAGAACACAGUUGUUGGUCAGACUCUCUGGAAAACGGUUGGAGAGCAGGCCUGGGACCAAACCUUCACUGUGGAGCUGGAGAGAUCCAGAGAGAUGGAGAUUGCAGUGUACUGGAGAGAUUAUCGCUCUCUGUGUGCUCUCAAGUACCUGAAGCUGGAAGAGUUCCUCGACAACCAGAGACACCAAGUGAAGCUGGAGCUGGAGCCACAGGGGCUGCUGCUGGCCGAGGUGACUUUCUUCAACCCGGUUAUCGAGAGAGGACGGCGACUCCAGAGGCAGAAGAAAGUCUUCUCCAAACGCCACGGUAAAGCUUUCCUGCGAGCUCGUCAGAUGAACGUCGACAUCGCUACCUGGGUCCGCCUGCUCAGGAAUGCUAUUCCCAGUGGAGGCAACGCUCCUGCUUACACACCGAGUUUCUCAGGAAACACACACAGCACCGGAGAAAUCUCCGUGGAGAAGCUGAAUCUGGACAGCGACUCUCCUCCCAAAGCUGAAAACAGGAGAGACGUGGUGGACGCACCUGCUCCUCUGGAACAGACGCCGGUCAUUGAACCCCCAUCGACACCGGAUGUCCCUGUUCACGAGCAGCCGACCAGAUCGCUGUCCCAGAACUCUUUUCGCAGAUCCAGUGGUAGUCCUCUCUGCCUGCAGGACUUCAAGCUGAUAGCCGUACUCGGACGGGGACACUUCGGAAAGGUGUUACUGUCAGAAUACAAACAGACAGGCAGCCUGUACGCCAUCAAAGCCCUGAAGAAAGGAGACAUCGUGGCGAGGGAUGAAGUGGAAAGUCUGAUGUGUGAGAAGCGGAUCUUUGAGACCGUCAACGGCUCCCACCAUCCCUUCCUGGUCAACCUGUUUGCAUGUUUCCAGACGCCAGAACAUGUCUGUUUUGUCAUGGAGUACACAGCGGGAGGAGACCUCAUGAUGCACAUACACGCCGACGUCUUUUCAGAGCCUCGUGCUGUGUUCUACUCAGCCUGUGUGGUUUUGGGUCUGCAGUUUCUCCAUGAACAUAAGAUCGUGUACCGAGAUCUAAAACUGGACAACCUGCUGCUCGACACAGAGGGCUUCGUGAAGAUAGCAGACUUUGGUCUCUGUAAAGAAGGUAUGGGUUAUGGGGACAGGACGAGCACUUUCUGUGGGACCCCUGAGUUUUUGGCCCCAGAGGUGCUGACAGACACGUCGUACACCCGAGCGGUCGACUGGUGGGGGCUGGGCGUGCUCAUCUAUGAGAUGUUGGUCGGUGAGUCUCCAUUCCCUGGUGAUGAUGAGGAGGAGGUUUUCGACAGCAUUGUGAACGAUGAAGUGCGCUACCCUCGUUUCCUCUCCACUGAAGCCAUCGGCAUCAUGAGACGUUUGUUGAGAAGAAAUCCAGAAAGACGUCUCGGCUCUGGAGAAAAGGAUGCUGAAGACGUGAAGAAACAGCCGUUCUUCAGGGGUAUGGACUGGGAGGCUCUUCUCCAGAGGAAAGUCCCGCCCCCCUUUGUCCCGACCAUUGGAGGAAGAGAGGACAUCAGCAACUUUGACGUCGAGUUCACCGCCGAGGCUCCCGCCCUCACACCACCCCGUGAGCGCCGCACCCUCACCCGCAAGGAGCAGGACCACUUUAAGGAUUUCGACUACAUCUCCGACCUCUACUAGGCCCCCGCGGUUAUCAGCCGGACUCUGAAGGAGACUGAGGGAGAGAGGAACUUUGAGACUCUUCUUCUCCUCUUCUGUGUGCGUUGGGUUCAUGGACAGACGGCGCCCAGUGAAUGUGAACGGGGAUCAGCGGAGUCUGAUGGCGUGAUGCACACAUAUGCGAUGUCACAGAUCUGCCAGAGGUCAACAGAUCUGUGACACCGCGAGGCUUUUAGAGGAAGAGGAAGUCAGGAUGAUAAUCCAGAUUAUGUAAGAGAGGGGAUGAUGAGAGGACGGACGCUGCUGUGUUCUGCCUGGCAACAACAACAACAACAAAAAAACUAAUCAGAAAUGGCAUGAACCCCCGGAGAGCCGCCACGUCCUGAAUGAGAAGUGAUUAUUCUGACAGGAUCUGUUUAUGUGUGUAGUCUCGUCCCUUUAUCUCUGCUGUCUGUUGCUGCUACCGUCAGUGUGUCGCUGUGUUCGCUCCCCACGCCUCUGUCAUGAAUGUACCCACAUCAGCUGCAAUCAUGGACCCAACAUGAACACAAGGGGGCGCCAGAGGAAAAGGAAACUCCUCAUGAUGCUGGAGAGUCUGGAGCUGUUUGUGUGUCCGUGUUUCUCUUUAUCGUCUUUUCUUUCGGUACAAACAGAUUUUAACUACAAUCAGUUUCCAAUGACAGGCUUUUACAGAUUUUCUUCUUUUUUGUGAUUUAUAGUUUUGUUUCUAUUUGUGUUUCCUCCUCUGUCAUUUGCUGGUGAAUUGUGUUGGAACUGUGACCCAGUAAAGAUGUGAACCCAG